GGCUCUGAUAGAGUGACAUCCACGGAGAGUGGAAGAGAGAGAGAGAGAGAGAGCGCAGCGGAGCGGACGGGUGGAUGACUACAGACAGUCAGAAUGCGUGAAUACAAACUGGUUGUUUUAGGAUCAGGAGGAGUCGGCAAGUCAGCUCUGACUGUCCAGUUCGUUCAGGGAAUCUUUGUGGAGAAAUACGACCCAACGAUAGAGGAUUCCUACAGGAAGCAAGUGGAGGUCGAUGGACAGCAGUGCAUGUUGGAGAUCCUGGACACAGCAGGAACAGAGCAGUUCACAGCGAUGAGAGACCUGUACAUGAAGAACGGUCAGGGCUUCGCUCUGGUUUACUCCAUCACGGCUCAGUCGACCUUCAACGACCUUCAGGACCUCAGAGAGCAGAUCCUCAGAGUGAAAGACACCGAGGACGUUCCCAUGAUCCUGGUUGGAAAUAAGUGCGACCUGGAGGUGGAGCGUGUGGUGGCCAAAGAGUCCGGCAUCGGUCUCGCCCGCCAGUGGAACUCCUGCGCCUUCCUGGAGACCUCGGCCAAGAGCAAGAUCAACGUCAACGAGAUCUUCUACGACCUUGUGCGACAGAUCAACAGGAAGAGUCCAGUUCCAGGGAAAACUCGCAAAAAGUCCACCUGUCAGCUUCUCUAAUGACAGUUUUCUGCUCACCUGACCAACAACCAACCAACCAACAAACCAACCAAUCACAGGACAUCUUCCAGCUGGCCACGCCCCCUUUAACACAGCCAUGUCAUCAUCAACAUCAGCCACCUCUGACCUCUUGUUUCCAUGACGACCACAUCUCCCAUCCCCUCACCACACUGUCUAAUGGAGACUGUUGCCUUGGAAACAUUAAAACCAAACAUCAAAAGACUGCGGCGGUGGCGGCGACAGCAAUGAUGAUGAUGAUGAUGACAAUGAAGAUGUUGUUGCAGGAAAUAAGGGUCGGGGAGGCGGGAGGGCUGUCCAAACCAACUGCCCAAAUUUAAACCACGGUUCCCAUCAUGCUCUCUGCUAGGCCAUUUUGCGCUGGGGAGUGGCUUUUUGCUUUUUAAUUUUAAAUGUUCCUUUCCUUUCUUUUCCUUUCCUUAUUUUCCAGUAGUACCGAGCCAUUCACAUGCAGCUCGACCACCUCACUGUCAGCCAUGUUGGUGCCAUGGUUACCGUGGUGAUGUCGUCUCUAACAUGGCUGACUCUGUAUGUGUGGCUCUGGUCGAACCUGUGGAUCCAUUCAGUGAUUAUUAUUAUUAUUACAGUGGUUAUGAUUAUGAUUCUGUGUGAAAAGAUAUAAAAGUCAAUGUUUUUGUUUUUGA